AUGAGAUUUUCAGCUGGACAUCGUCGGGAAAGACUUGUUUUACGCAUGACAGGACCCUCAAGCGUCCUGGUCCCACCCGAAUCUCUCGGACGUCAGCUCAUAGCGAGCAUCUCAAGCACCCACCAGGCUGAGCCCCACACAUUCAAAAGUGGAAUGGCUAAACGAUGCUUUUCACUGGCCAAAGCACCCUCCCAAAUACGCCAAGCACUGACUAUGGUACCCUAUUCCAGGCUUUUUGAUAAACACUGGGACGUAUAUGAGAAUCCAACGGUUCUACCAGCGGGAAAGGAGAUCGGAAACAUAUGA